UCGGGCACUGUCGCGCUCUAUUCUUUCCUUGGGAACUUCAAUCACACAAAUAAAGCAGCAGAUAUGCAUGCUCUAUUCGUGUAAGGGGUUGAUUGUAAACCCUGUGCGCGCCCUGUAGUAGUAAUCGCCGAACUUGUAUUUGCACUAGGAAUCAUUGCGAAAUCGCUGUAGGACUAUUUUUUCCCUCCGCGAGGCCGCGCACGGGGUCGUGAGGUGUCCAAGAUGGCGGCUACGUGUAACGUCCAGGCUUUUUAAAAGGCACUCCAUGUUGACCCAACAGAGCUUUAGGAUCCACUGUGACAAAGCCUGUCGUCCUGCCAUCUGUCCUGCACUAACAUGGCCAAGGACCAGCCAAAUGUGUUUGACCUCCUCCCGCAUCUGGAGUCUACAGACCUGCAUGAGCUGGAGCAGGUCAGAAGUGUCCUACAAGAGAACCUUAGUGCAGAUAAAGGGUCUGUGCUUCUCAAUGGCCUUGUGGAUUACUAUCUGGACACUAGCUCUCCUCAGGCUUUGGACCUUCUUUCCUCCAUCAGGGAGCCUCAUGACAAGCAUCUUUUGGACAAGUUGAACGAGUGCAUGGCGAAGCCGAGCAGCCGACUUCUGACCCUCAGUCUCCUCGGACAUGUUGUUCGCAAACAGCCUUCGUGGAUUCACAAGAUUCGCUUCCCUCUGCUCGCUUCACUACUCAGAUGCUUGAAGACUGAGUCAGAUGUUGUGGUUCUUAUAACUGGAGUGUUGGUGUUAGUCAUCCUGCUACCCGUGAUACAGCAGACCACUAAACAGCUCCUGUUUGAGUUUUUUGACAUCUUUGGACGUCUUGCAGCUUGGAAUCAGAGAAACCCAGGCCAUGCUCAGGGAGCGUAUGCAGUUCACCUGCACGCCAGCGUGUACUCGUUCUUUCAUCGCCUCUACGGCAUGUACCCCUGUAACUUUGUGUCGUACCUGCGUGCCCACUACAGCAUGAAGGAGAACGUGGACACUUUUGAGGAAGUAGUUAAGCCAAUGCUUGAACACGUGCGGAUACAUCCAGAGCUCGUUACAGGAACCAAAGAUUAUGAACUGGACCCGAUUAGGUGGAAGAGGUUCGAGACCCAUGACAUCGUGAUUGAAUGUGCCAAAGUGUCCCUGGACCCUAAGGAAGCAUCUUGUGAGGAGGGCUACUCAUCUCUGCCUGACCACGUGCCACGGCGCCUCAUCGACAGCAGCAGGUCCUGCUCAGAGCUCAGCACCCCUGGAAGCUCACCUUGCACUUCGAUGGCCACAGUUCGCCAGUCUCUUUCUCUUUCCUUACCACAUCUGACUGUCACUCAGCACCCAGGCCACAGUCCACAGACCCUCAGGCCACAGGGUCUUGAGACGAUGUCCACAGGGAUGAAGGAGGCCAUGUGGAGCCCUUCCAGUGUGUGUGGGAUGAGUACCCCUCCCAGCUCUAGAGGAAUGUCCCCCACUACUGUCUCUGAUCACUCACACAGUGCCUCCCAAGUCUUGGGGCGGGUCCCGAGCACACCAGUGGAUGGGAAGAUUCCAUCUGCCUUCAUGCCCUCAGGGUCCUCCCCUCUCCCGUCACUCUCAGGGGAACUCGAGCACACUGCCCAACACACCAGCAUUACUCUCUCACAUCCUAAGACGAAUCAAGAGAUUAAAAAUAGCAAUCACACAGCUAUCAACGGCAAAGGUACAGUUGAUGGUCUUAGUCCUUUUUCAUUGAACGAGCUCUCUGACUUUGUGAAGAGGACGGAGAAAGAGAAAGAGGAGGAUGCCAUCACAGCAGAGCUGCUGACCAUAACCCAGGGUAAACCCGACCCUCUCCCCACACCAGCCUCAGACUCCUCCUUCUCUGGCACAACCAACACGCCUCUCCCAUUAAACGCCAGCAUUUAUACCCCACAUCAGAAUUUGGCCUCCACCCCAGACAGGCCAGUGAACACCACUUCAGAAGGAGAUCUGCAGCCGUCCUGGAACCUGUGGCCCUGUUUCACUCCCAUAGAGAACGUCUUGAGCCCUUCAGCAGCUGAGGACGUCUCUCUGGAGCUGUUUAAAGGUUCAUUUCCUUAUGAACAUCUCUUUGACCUGGCCUUGCCCAAGCUGGCCUCUCUGUUUAUGGAGAAGAAGACCAUUGAGUAUGAGCAGAAGGCUGGCAGAGAGGAGGUGGAGGUGGGGGACCUGUCGGCUACUUCGCCUCUGGAGGUUCUGGAUCGUCUCAUUCAACAAGGUCAUGACCUUCAUGAAAAAGUAUUGAGAUCUCCUUCAUUAAACCUCUUGACUGAGCCACACUGUGGAGGCGCCGGCGCUCCUGAUGAACUGGCCACGUUGCGCAGUCAGCUGCUGCUUUUGCACAACCAUCUGCUUUACGAGAGGCACAAAAGAGAGCAGCAUGCACUGCGCAACCGCCGCCUACUCCGCCGUGUCAUCAACGCCACCGCACUGGAGGAGCAGAACAACUCGAUGAGGGCCCAGCUGCGACUGCAGGAAGUGGAGAUACAGACUCUGCGGGCGAGUCUGCAGGAAGAGCAGCAGCGUUCCAAGGAUUUGCAGCAGGAUGGAGAGGCACAGGUGGAGCAGCUCCACAGCCAGCUCCAGAAGCUUCAGCAAGAGAGGAACGACUACUGUACAAAGACUCAGGAGCUGCAGAGUGACUUGCACGAAUGUAAGAAGAAAAUGGACAAGAUGGGGGCGGAGCUGCAAAGAGCCAAUAACAAAGUUUGCAAUACAGGACACCUGCUUAGCCAGUUGUCUAUCAAGCUCAACAACAGCGAAAGCCUGGAGCAACAGAUGGCCUUCUUGAACAAACAGCUGUUACUGCUGGGCGAAGCCAAUCAACUGUGUGUACAGGAAGUCCAGCGACUUGGACCCGACUCACAUAAAGAGCAUAAGAUGCUGCAGAUGUGUUCCACACGAGAGACUGAGAGGUUGAGGCAGAGCUCCAUUCAGCAGAGCCAGAGGCUAGAAGCUGCCCAGCAGCGCAUCACCGACCUGGAGACCCAGCUCACCAAGAAAGAGCACCUUAUCCUGGAGCAGAAGAAACUCUUGGAAAAUGUCAAAAAUCAAGCCAAAGGGCAGCUGCAAGCUUCGGAGAAUAGGUAUCUUGCCCAAAAACAUGUGACUCAGGCACUACAAUCAGAAAUGCUUCAGCUGUACAGUCAGCUUGAGCUUGCCAGACUCUCAAACAGCACACCAGCAGGAGGAGCAGUGGAGCCAGGCAGCCCUCCAAACCAGAAGCAAAAUGGCAGUAACGCAUCCACUUCAGCUCAAACCUGUGAGUCAGUGAAAAGAGAGGACACUUCUUAUGCAUGUGUGAACGGUGAGUUCCUGCCGCCAUCUCCAUCAUCCACACCAUCCGCUGCACUAAUCAACGGCAGUCAGGAAGAAGGCCUUCCCAUGCUGUCCUGCAACUCUCCUUUGGCUGAGAGCUUCCUGGGAAUGCACAACCAAGUGUUGCUGAAGAAGACCAAGAGUGCGUAUGAGGAGGAGCACGCCCACCGGCUGCAUGUCCAGAGCUCGGAUCCUGCUGAGAAACGCACCGAGCUCACCGGGUCCCACAGGCUGGCAGAAGAAGACCCCGACCUCCGGCCUGGUGAUCGACACAGGACUCGCGCUUAUAACAUACAGCGGCGCAGACAACAGGACCUGCGCAUCAUGGAUUACAAUGAAGCCCAGCAGGAGAAGACAUAAAGGAGCCAGGAAGGUUGAGUUGGCAGGACUGCCACUGUAGAUUUGCUUGCAACACUAGAAAAAAAAAGAAUUCACCUUUGCAGCACUUUUUAAAAUUAAGAGUGGAAUGCAUUGUUUUAGCAACAAUUUUUAAAAGCUCUACCGUAUUACAAAACAGACAAAAAAAGGAGAGACGAAUGUAUAUUAUAGUGGGCUUAAAGCUAUAUAUAGGAUCACUGUGUUUUAGGGUUCGUGUUUGUUUUUGGGCUGCGCUCACAGAAAUGUAAUUCAACUCAAACCUAAAACAUACUGAUUGUAGCUUUAGCCUGCACAUCCACACUUAUUAGUCUUGUAACCACCAGUGGUGUGAAAUAAGAGCCCCCUUAAAAGUACCCUUGAGACCUAUUCUUAGCAGUUCAGAUUGGGUUUAUUCCUGUAUCGGAUUGUUUUGUUGACAUUUCAGCUUCAGAUGUGUGUAAAAGCACGCUGCAGUGGUGGUUACGUUGUGUGUGUGGAUCGUGUUCGGCCCGCAUCGUAUUAACUAGAACACGUAUUGCUUUAAGUGCCGUGUUUGCUUUUGCAACUUCACGAUUAUUUAAUGGGCUCGUACACAUUUGUCCAAGCCAAAGGGUCUUUGCGAGUUGUAAUUAGACAAACAACAUUGAAAUCUCAUUAAGCAUCAUAUUUUUUUUUGUCUCUUAGCUGUUGUUGUUGUUUUUUUGUUUUGUUUUUCCUCCCCGACGAAACAAGCACUGUAAAUACUCUGUGCAUCAUUAAAAAAAUCAAAGCCGAAUACUCAGAUACAACUGUGAAAGAAAUGCAAAAAAAACGAAAGUUAUGAUUGUUCACUUGAUAGAUACGCAGGACAGAUGAUGUCAUAACCUUGCUUUGGGUGCUUCGCCUGUAGAAGGAAAUAAUGAAGCAAGUGUUCAGUGAUAUAGAAUUUAUUUUUAUUAAUUCAGUUUAAUACUCGGGCUUCUAAAAAGCCCAGACAUUAGUGCAAUACGUCUCUUAGCAUUACACUUUAAUGCCAGCUCAGAAGCAUGGAAGGUGUCAGUGUGGUGGUGGUGGUUCUUUUUUUUAUUUUUUAUUUUUUUUUAAAGCUCAGUCAGAGACAUCACACCCCAAAAACUCUGCUGCUGUUCGUCCUGUAAUCAGGUAGUGCCUCAAAUUUGAAGUGCUCCAGGCUCUUCAGUGAAAUGUGUUCGAUUUUGCCUUCACAGUUGUGUGGGGAAGAAGAAGAUAAAAAAAAAAAAAAACACAAAAAAAACCUAGCUCCUUGGAUUGUAUGUGAAAUGUGAAUGUUUCAUGGUAGCAAUGUAUAAACUACAAUCACAAAUACACUAACACACAACAGCUGAUACCCUGAAAUCUGAGUUCUUUGCGCUUAUACAGUCACGAGUAAUACGACUUUUGAAUCUGGAUAUCAGGGAUGUUUACUGAUCUCUUAUGGUUUUAGCUAAAAAAAAUGUGAAACACUGAUAAAACCAUUGAGCAGUAACUGAAGGAAACGACGUUAGGAAGGACAUUCCGGAGACGAUCGUGGACUGUUCGGACUUUUCAGCGAGUCAACCGCAGAACCCCGUGCAUGAUGAUGAGCCGACUCUCCUGCUCACUUUUAAAUCUUGCAGCUGAUAUUUCAUUUUAAUGAAGUGUAUCUGUCGUCAUGGCUCCCACUGACAUCUGAAUAAUUCAUUAUGUUCACAAAAUGCCUUAAUAAGACAAACAAUAGGACAUCUCUCCUUGCCCCAGAAGCCAAAUUCCAGUUCUUACAACUUAUGGUACCAUUUGACAAUAAUCUGGAGUGGAGGUAGAUGUCCUCAGGGAGAAAGAAAGAAGUAUUGAUUCUAAAGACACACACAAACAAAAGGUAUUCUACUUGUUAAGCUAUGACCAGAAAUAAUAAAAAGAAUUAUAUGUUUUGCA